AUGAGUUCCGCUUCCGAAUCGACUAUUAGUCGCGCGGCGCGUUACGCCAUUCCAUUUACACUGCUUUUGAUUCCGAUCUGGCGAGCUCAAGUCCAAUCCCGAGUCCCCGAACCAUACCUCGAUGAAGUAUUCCACGUCCCACAAGCGCAAGCAUACUGGAGACACGAAUGGACACACUGGGAUCCCAAAAUCACUACACCACCCGGCUUGUAUCUAUGGUCCUAUCUCCUGUGCGCCAUAAUGCUUUCUCGCGGCCAAUUCCCAACAGAGAUCGCUACCGAUGCCCUCCGCAGAACCAAUCUCUUUACCAAUGCCGUGUUUCUUCCAUGGAGACUUCAGACGCUGUCGGAUGCUGUACACAAGGUGAAGAAUAGCCGUCCCAUGGGGGCGUGGCUCAGUCAUUCUGUCUUGAAUAUCUGUCUGUUCCCGCCACUGUUCUUUUUUUCGGCUCUUUACUAUACCGACAUCCUUGCACUCCUUGUCGUCGUCGAGGCAUACAAUUGGGAUCUGAAGCGCACAAAUACCUCCGGAAUUACCUCCUUCCUUUCCACGCUGGUGUUCCUUGUAGCUGGAUUGGCUGCGCUUGCUUGUCGACAAACAAACAUCUUUUGGGUCUCGGCAUUUCUUGGUGGACUGCAAGUCGUUCGCAAGAUCAGAUUAUCUUCCGAAACUUGCCAGUCAUCUGAUAUGUGCAGCAUUUUGAAGAGUGGUUUGAAGAAUGAGGUUUAUGAUCCCCUUGUAUCGGAGGCCACACUGGCGGACUACUUUAAGACUGCAAUUUCCUUCGCUACUGUCAGCCUGAGAAAUCCAUUCUCUACAGUGAUUCCUAUGAUCCCUCACUUAAUCAUUCUUACGGCCUUUGGAGCAUUCGUCUUUUGGAACGAUGGCGUGGUCCUUGGCCACAAAGAGUUUCAUACAGCUGGCAUACACUUGGCUCAAAUGCUUUACAUUUGGCCGUAUUUUGCCUUCUUUUCUUGGCCCUUGCUGGUCAUUCCUGUUGUGAAUCUCGUUCUCCCCAAGCACCUCCUGUCCAAGUAUCUCGACUAUGGCCUUCCACAGAAACAUAAGCAACUUCCAAAGCUGCUCACUGCUUUGAUUGUCCUUCUCAUCAUGCUUGCUAUUGUGCAUUUCAACACAGUCGUACAUCCUUUUACUCUUGCUGAUAACCGCCACUAUGUUUUCUACGUGUUCCGCCUUCUGUUGGGCGUUCACCCUGCCAUUAAGUAUGCUGCUGUUAUUGCCUACUUUCUUUGCGCAUGGGCUAUCAUCUCUACUUGUGGUUUCGCCAUCAACCAGGCACCCCCUCGAUUGAUCCGAGUUCCUCAAGCGGCACCUCAGACACCGGCAGCUCAAACUGCCCCUGAGCAACAACCUGCGGAGAACAGAAAAGCCCGCCGAGCGAAUGAGAAGGCUGCAGCUAAGAAGGAGCAACAGCCCAAGCCUAAGCCCAAGCAGCAGAAACAGAAACAGAAACAGCCACAACCCGACCCCAUUACUGCUGAAGCCUAUGCUAAGGUGCAGGAAGGCUUGAUUAAACGCCAGAAGGAACAAACAGGUGUUCAACGAGUCAGCUUUAUUCUCGUAUGGCUCGCAGCAACUUCUCUGUCUCUUAUCACUGCUCCGCUGGUCGAGCCACGCUACUUUAUCAUCCCCUGGGUGAUGUGGCGUCUCCAUCUCCCCCCAACGCCGAGUCUCGCGGCAUUCCGCAAACAGCGUCCGCAGUCUGAACGGGAGCGAGAGCUGGCUGACUUGGCCACUAACGCCCCCAGAUUCAUUGAGACCCUGUGGUUCAUUGCUAUCAAUGCGGUGACUGGAUACAUGUUCCUUUACAAGGGAUUUGAGUGGCCGCAAGAGCCAGGCAAGAUCCAGCGAUUCAUGUGGUAG